AUGGCUGAGGCGCAUGCCCUAUUUCAGGUAGACCAUAAAAAAGAUUUCACACAUGAGAAUGUAUGGCGGAUGGUGAAAGAUGAACCAAAGUGGAAGGGACAAUCAAUGAAAACCAAUUCAAGGGGACAAAAGAAGUCAGCAGCUGGCGCCGACGGAACAUCGACUGACACAAGUGCAUCAAUUGAUUGCGACGAAUAUGAGGCAACACCACCAACAACCCGCCCGAAGGGCAAAAAGGCAGAGAAGAGAAAGGCCAAAACAACAGAUACUGCGUCAAGUACUCUAUCUUUUGCUCCUCACCCUGAUGUGUUAGCCAUGGGGAAGGCUAAAAUGGAAAUGAUGGCAAAUUUUAGGGAGAUAAGGAACAGAGAACUAGAUUUGCAACAAGCUGACCAACAACUGAAACAAAGUGAACUGCAAUUGAGAUAG